CGGAGAAGAACAAGCAAGUUUAUAAAGAUGCCGGGACACAGAAGACAAAAUACAUCGACGUCUGUGAUCGCAUCAUUGGACAGGUCAAGGACCUUAGACACUGCCAGUGAGAUUCAUUUACAAGACCAAAGCCACAGAGUCUAAAAAGUACUGAAAGACAUCAUGAACAAGCUGAAACAAGAAUCUUGAAGACCGAGUGCCACAAUGGAGAAACAACUACUGGUAAAUAUGGACAACAUCUCAACCCAAGUGGUAACUGAGAACGGGAAGAUGGAUAUGAUGUACAUUUCCAUCGAGAGCACCAUCGCGCUGUUUUCUGUGCUUGGUAACGUCUUGGUGAUCCUUGUGGUGUCCAUGAACCACGCUAUGAGAGACCCCACCUUCUGCUUUAUCGUGUCUCUAGCGCUGGCUGACAUUGCUGUUGGCAUUCUUGUUAUUCCUCUGGCCGUGGUCAUCAGUCUGGGUCUCAUGACACCGUUUUACACCUGCCUCUUCAUUUCUUGUGUGCUAGUUAUGAUCACCCAGAGCUCCAUACUGUCGCUUCUGGCCAUCGCCAUUGACAGAUUCCUACGCGUCAAAAUCCCAACCAGAUACAGCACUGUCGUCACACAGAGGCGCGCAUGGGUAGCUGUAGGCCUGUGUUGGACCCUGUCCUUUCUGGCUGGGUUGGUGCCAAUGACUGGUUGGCACCGCACCCCACCUGGAAACACAAGUGCGGACCCCAUCGAAUGCCAGUUCACCAACGUCAUGUGCCUGAAUUAUAUGGUCUACUUUAAUUUCUUCGUCUGGGUGGUGGCACCCUUGACUAUAAUGAUCAGCUUGUACGCCGAGAUCUUCCGCAUAAUAUGCCGGCAACUCAAUCGCCGAGCUGAAGCCACUUCAGAUUCCAGCAGGUACUAUCGCAAAGAGCUGAAAUUAGCGAAAUCGUUGGCGCUAGUUCUCUUUCUGUUCGCUUUCUGCUGGCUGCCACUGCAUAUUAUGAACUGCAUAGUGUUCUUUUGCCCUACGUGCACUGUGCCCAGGACUGCUUUUUACGUAGGCAUCUUUAUGUCACACGGCAACUCCGCCCUGAACCCGCUGGUGUACGCGUUUCGCAUCCAGCGCUUUCGUGAAACGCUGAUCCAGAUCAUUCACCGAUUCAUACUGUGUAAGAUCUCAUCAACCAGCCAGACCCAGCAUGGUCCGGAACUGAUCAAUGAGAAAACACAAGCUCAGAUGUAGCAGCCUGGACUGAAACUAAGACAAUAGGACUAGAUUUGAGCCUGUAGACUAUAAUCUAGCCCAGGUGUGGGCAUUACUGGUCCUGGAGGGCCACUGGCAUGCAAAGUUUAGCUCCAACCCAUCAAUACGAUCUUGGCUUUGUCCAUUUGUGCUUUUUAGUAGAGAGAAACUGGCUUUGUACUGGUCACAAUGCUCAACGUGCUUGCGUUUCCGGUCUGACGCAUUCCACGUAUGAAUGGAAGUCAAUGGGAUGAAACAUUUUGUGUGACUGGCCGUUUACUUGGAAAUGACAUCCAGGUGUGUUUUUGAUUGGGUUGGAGCUAAAAUGUGCAGGACAGCGGCACUCCAGGACCAGGAAUGUCCACCCCUGAUCUAGACAAUGGAUAAACACUGUGAAGCUUAAAAUAUUUCUUCCUUUCGAAUGUAAUAAAAAAAUAUUUUGUGGCCAUAAUGUGGCUAGGGAUGAUAGGGUGAUGAAUUGUUUGUUUAGAUGCACGCCAACUAGAUCAACUAGAGCAAACUAGAUCUGUGGUUCUCAACUGGUAGGUUUUUGACCUAAAUAUAAAGAUUGUUGCUCAGGCAAAAAAAUGCUAACAGUUAAAGGCAUGGAACUAGAUCAUUAAAAUAAAUUGGCUUAUACUUUUUAAUGGGAGUGAAAAACAUUAAAAGCCCAAAUGUGUAUUUUUGGCACAAAUUCAUGCAAGGUGAAUAAAAGCAAUGCAGGCUCAAUAAUAACGGGAUUGCUUGCAAGUUUGUGCCAACAGAUAUCUCACUGAUGUUUACGAACUUCAUGGCUCUGUAUUUCUAAUCUUCAGUACCCACAUUUAAUUUGGUCCAGUGUUUGUUUCAUAUCAAUCACUUUUGCACUGCACUUAAAUCAAGAUACAUGAAAUAAGUCUAGUUUUUAGAUAAAAAACAUAAAACAAGCAAAAAAAAAAAAUGCCAAUGGGGUAGGAAAAUGUUUCUUGUACUUUUCUUUUAAUUAAGAGUUAAAAAAAUCCAAGAUUGUUUUUCUUACCCCAUUGGCAGAUUUUUUUUGUUUGUUUUAAGCACAAAAUUAAACACUUAAAUUGUAUAUUUUUAAUCUAAAUGUAUUAUCUUUGGUCAAAAUGCAUAAUUUAAUAAUUUUUAGAUAUUUGUACUGAAAACAAUACAAACAAGUAAAAAAAGUCAUUUUUUGCAGUGUGCCUUUGUCAUAAAUGUAUAUAUUGUUGGGCCUAUUCAUGGUAAUAUUAAUAAAGGCCUAUAAUGUAAUAACAUAU